AUGGACAAUUUAAAGAAUGUAACCGUAUUAGAUGUGGCGGAACCUAAAAUCGUAUUCGAUAUAAAAAACAAAGAAAUAGAUGAAGAAAAUGAUGAUAAAAUUUGGAAAAGGAAAACGGAAAAUUGGAACGUAAUUAAUUUAAAACGUUCUUACGAAGAUGACUCGAUGAAUUCGAAAAAGAGAAGAAAACAAUUGAAACCGAUUAAAAUAGAUAUGACAAAUUUUGAUGAUAUGGUUCAAGUUCCUAAAAAAAUCAUAGGCCUCUAUAACAAUGUUGUAGGUACGACGACCAUAAUGUCUUCUCCAAAAUCAGAAGAUGAAGAAGAUGAAGAUGAAUUAUUAAACGAAGAAAAAAUGUUUUCAAUGUCGGUCGAUAAAAACGAUAUAAAUGUUCCUAAUAUUGAUACGGGACCAAAAUUUUUAACAAAUCCACAUUUUAUGUUUCCAUUGUCAUUUCAAACGAUGACAAAUUCAAAUAAUUAUUUUACAGAAGCCAAUUUGAAAAUAUUCAAUCAGGAAGCUUAUUGCGAACUAUGUAAAAAAGAAUUUUGUAACAAAUAUUUUUUAAAAACACACAAAGCAAAUAAACAUGGGAUAUAUACGGACGUACUACCAAUGAUUCCACCUGUUAAUAAAAUCAAUAUGAAAAUCGAAGGCAAAGAUGACGGAACUACAAUGAAAUCAUUUGAAAAUGGUGGAGAAAUGGGAGAAGAAACGGGAGACUGCACACAAACUGCCUUCUGCGAUAUUUGCAACAAAAAAUUUUGCAAUAAGUAUUUUGUUAAAAAGCACAAAAAUAAAUGUCACGGUACGAACGAGGAUGAUGAUAUCCAUGGAUUAUUACACCCGUGUCAUAAAGAAAUCCAUACAAAAUUAGUACAAAAUAUUUCAAACGAUAGUACAAAAGAAACCGAUAGUACCUUAAUUAUGAUUAAACCCUUGGCUCUCACGUCUUCAAAAAAAGAAGAAAAUGAUGAUGAAUCAGACAAUCACGAUGAUGGGAAAAAAGAAAAUGCGGAUGAUGAACAAUUGAGUCCAUUGAAUUUAAUUAUGAGCGGAAAAGAAACAAGACAAAAAAAACAAGAAUCCGUCGUUGAUGAUUUAAAAAAAGAAGAAGAAGUGAUUUCUUCUGAUGAUGACAUAGGCGAGAAAAACGAUGGUAACGGUGAGGAGGACAACGACGAUGAUGAUGAUGACCAAGACGAUGACGAUGAGGAAAACGACAAUGAUGAUGAGUGUUCGAGUGAAAACAUAGAAAAGUUACAAACUAUGCUUUUAAGACUAAAUCCGUCCGAUAUAGAAAGCAGCAAAACGUGCAAAGUUUGUAAUGAUGUAAUUGAUAAUUCCGACGACCAACAGCAUAAAUGCAACAGCAUUCAUUUGGAAAACAACAGAGAAAAAAUAAAUUCAUCCGAGACGAACGAGAGUUCGAACGAUUCGAAAAUCGAAUUCGAAACUGCCAAAAUGGAAAAUCAAGAUUAUUUUUUCAUUAAUCGAUAUAAUAAUUUAAAACAAAUGAAACCGACGAGUAGUUAUUGCGAGAUAUGCAACAAAGAAUUGUGUAACAAAUAUUUCAUGAGGACACACAUGCAAAGAAUGCACGGAAUCGAAAUCGAACAUGGUGCCCAAAUCGGCGGUGUCGUUUGUAACAUUUGUAACAAAGAAUUAUGCAGCAAAUAUUUUUUAAGAGUACACAAGCAAAACACUCACGGUAUAAUGAGUCCGAAUUCAAUUCUCGGUCCGUCCACAUCCGGAAACGUGUCAAAUCAAAGAAUAGAAACCAUUAAACCGACGCGAGGAGAUUCAAAAUUAACACAGAGUUUAACUCAAGCAUGUUACAUAUGUAAUAAAAGAUUUCGAAGUCCGAAAUGGCUUCAGGCACAUUUUGCUAGCGACCAUAGAGAAGAAACAACCAACACCACCAUCACCAUCACGACCACGACCGGAAAAACAGAAUCAAACGAUUCAGCAGAAGGAAAUUCGAAGGAAGAACAAUUCGGAUCGUCAUCAUCAUCGUCGUUGCCUACAUCCAAAGACAAUAAUCAUUCGAGUGAUACCGGAGUUAAGUUAAAAGAUAAUCCUCCGGAAGGUUUGGACGUUAUAUCGAAAAUAUUUUGGGAAAACGAUUCAGCAUCGAAAACUUUUAACUGUUCUCGGUGUCCUUUCACUACUUCCGUUCUUGCAUUUUUAUUCGUACACGAAAGAUCACAUUUUGUUUUAUCCCAAGAUCCGUCUGAUUCUUCUUCUACUACAACAACAACAACAACUACUACUAAAUCAUCAUCAUCAUUAGCAACUUCAGCAUCAUCUCUACAGAAUUUAAUACGAGAUAAAGCAUUUUGGCAACACAAAAUAACUCAGGAAUUACCAGAGUGUUUAGAUUUAUCCGGAACCAAAUCCAAAUACGUUAGAUUAGAACAAAAUGGAAGCUAG